GAUGGUCUGUUUCCCCUAACAACAGCAACGGCGGCGAGGAGAAAUCCUGGUCUCCGCCAGCUCCCGGCCAGGUAACCAACAGCCUGGAGUGGGAGGUGCCGUGCUGGGGAGGCACCGCGUGGACAGGGCUCUGCAGCCGCUCCCGCCCAGACUCGUAAUCAGGCCACUAAUGACAGCGGGGAGCGUAAAAGUUCUCUUCCCUACCCACCUUGCGUGAUGCAGUGACACAGAAUGAAAUUCACAACACACAUGGAGAAAAGGAAAACAACCAAUCCUUCCCCAGAACGGAACAGCUAAGAGCCAAUGCUACUGAAAACCAUGGGGCAGGCAUCUCCACCGAGUGCAGGGAAGAGGCCAGGAGAAGACCCAGGAAAUAAAUUAAAAAAGGGACAGCCUUUGAGCUGGUCCCUGAGCGGUGAGCAAGACUUAGCUGUUCAGGCAAGCUGUGUGGCUGGAGUAGAGAAUAUAUUGGAAAUCAGAGAGGUCAAAAACAAUGAGCAGGAGAUAGCGGAAGAAAUGUUCUUAACCACUUCACUCUUCCGAAGCCUUCACCCAUCUCUGGUGAAUAUAUCUAGGUCCAGCAGGGUCUCAGAAGCAGAUGCCAACCUGAGGGGAAUAUUUACCAGAUGACGUGAAGGCCGUGGAAAAAGAAGAAAUUGGAAAAUUCAUUAUUUAAGUGGUGUGUGUAAGUUGGAUACUCUCUAAAAUGAUACCAGUAAUUUCUAAAAAAGAUCUAGGGGAAGAGAAUAAAUCUGGGUUUUACAGGCAGCUGUGAUGAGGGCUGGGUGACCAGCUGUGCCACAGCUGGCAAAUAUGUCUACACGUAGUAGUGGCAUCUGUUUGCAGUAUGACAGGAGAGAGUGCCUCUUUUAGGUACAAAGGAAGAUAGGAAUUAUCACAGAACUUCAUACCACAUAAAAGGUCCUGUCUCUUACUUCUGUUACCCCAGUAUAUUAUUUGCAAGUCUGUGAAAUUAAGUAUAUGAUUGGUAUUUAGUUUAAUUUUAUACCAGAAUAAUUCAAGAGGUAAAUUUCAGUACCUUCUGUCUUCCAAUCAGAUGUACAUUCUCAUAUAUAAAGUAUUCCAAAGAAAUAGCUCCUAAAUAAAAUGACUCAAAUCAAGAAAUAGUCUCACAUCUGACCUCAUCCACACCCUAUGCACUGGUCUUACUCUCCUCUUAGCCACUUCACUGUAAAAACCUUUGCAACUGCCACAGGUGCAUGCCCCAAACCAUACAGGCUGUUGUGCUGUGUUGGAACAUGAUCACAUCAAACUACGAUAUCAAUUGUUUAAAAUGAUCAGAAGUGAAGAAAGCAGGCAGAAAGACAAGUCUAUACAUUAAAGGAUCCUUUUCUUUCUUUCUUUCUUUUUUCACAUCUGGAAAUCUAUGGCCUAUGUUCAAGUGCCAGGCUCAGCUCAAAUUAGCAAGUGAUGAUAAAUUCCUGGAGGCCUAGAACUCCGUGUUCUUCAUUUCCCAGUACAGUGCCUUUCGACAUAAAUAGAUGGUUGCUGAACUCCCCUGAAAGAAAGAGACAGGUACCUGUGGGCUGCAUCACCACCAGCGAACCCAGCAGACAGCACAGAUGCCUGCAUUCAGCUAGGUAGGAAACCAACCAUGUAAGCAGUGAAAAGCAUGUCAAGACAGCUAGGAAAAACCAUUAAAGUGAGUGGUAAACUGUU